AUGAUUUAUGAGUUAAAAUUAUUUUUUCAAAUUCCUAAUAAUUGUACUUAUCAUCGAACACCAAAACAAAAAGAUCUUAGAACUUGUUGUGAUAAAUUAACUGAAUAUGUUUAUGGAAAUAUUAGACUUGCAUCUAAACUAAUUCAAGAGUUUUUUUAG